AUGGUCCAUAGGCUGACCGUCGGUAGUGAUAGCAGAUCCAGCAAACCUAUUGCACAUAUUUAUUUGGUGAGAAGGUUAAGCCUGAGAAUUUCUGCUCAUAUUUCAGAAGUGACUUCUUACAAAGAUCCAACCAUCUCGGCAAUUGGAGCCCAAUGUGAUGAGCGUCCUAGCGCCAGUGACUGCCCUGAUGAUAGUGAUACUCAUCUUGUACGGUUACAUUGCUAUCCCCAACUCUGGCCGUUUAUUAAACGUAUUUGGUUCGAUUCAAUGGAUCUUCAUGUGUACGGAUUAGGAUUAUGGGCUGGUACUCUGCCAUUUCUGGGUACACACAUCAUUUGCAAGAAAAGGGUUAUAAAUACCACGGUCGUGGUGUACCUGUUGCUCUACUGUGUGGUGCCCCAUCUGUUGCUGGUGAUGCUGGUGCCCUAUAUUGACCCUCUGUAUCCUGGUGGCAGCUUGGAGUAUGAAGUGGGAAUCAAGCCAGGUAUGUCGUAUCUGUUUGUUGCCAUACCGCAUACAUUCAGCAAACACCAGCUGUCUCCAGCCAUGGCGUUGCUGCUGUACACCACAUACAUUCUUGUCGGCAUUCAACAUCUGAGUCUUAAUAUUCUUAUGAUUUGGGAAAAUGUUUGGCCUAGCCUCCCAAAAGCGGUCAUCACUUUCUUCAAGAAGAUCCAGUUGUUGCUGGCGUCGUUUUGCUUCUUGUCAUUUAUACUCACCAUCCCGUAUUUAACACAGUGUGGAAUUUACCUGUACCAGAUUAUCCGAUUCUAUGUGGAUCGACUUCUGUUUGCGCUCAUCAUCUUCAGCAUGGUACCUUGUGUUAUUGGCUUCAUACGCCAGGAAGCAUUACGAACACCAAUAGAUAGAAUCUUCAUGGGGCUGUGGUAUAGCAUUGCAUCUGUCAUAACUGCAUGCUUGCUCAUCCACAACUUUGUUGUGUUCAUGUAUCCAGAGGCGGUUGUGAGCUACGAGCAACGCUGGGCUGAAAACCUGGGCUGGUGUGUCAGUGUGUCACCACUGGUUCUUGGGGUUGUUUCAGGUGUCAUACAUACAAUACUCAAACAGCCUGGUUCAUUCAAAGAGAAGCUAAUUGGCUCACUGAGAACCGGAACAUUGCCUCCAUCUGAAGCUGCAGAAGACUGCCUGUCGCUGGACACAGGAGACACAGAUCUCAAGUCUGCCUGUACAUCUCGUCAUACAACACCCCUCAGUCAAGCUAGAGCUCCUCUGCUUAAGCACCAUACUACUCUAUCAGAAACAAAUUCACAAUCUGGCAAUAGCCACACACUUUUCCCACAAAAUCUAGCAAAACUACCACUCUCAAAGACCAGACUACAAAAUGACAGCAAUCAUUACUGUAUUAAUAGCCCAACAGCCGGGGGAGAAUUGUUCUCUCCAGACAAUAGUGUUCUUGGUUACGGAACAUUACAAGUACACAAGAACAAAGCGAGUGUAGAAGUUGUUAUUAGGUCUGCUAGUGAUGGAAAUAUAGUCCAACUGUAG